UCGUGUAUAUCGAUAUAAUCUAUCGAUAUCCGCAAUCGUUGGCAUUCGUUGACACUGAACUGAAACACGCCUUUUUCCUUUCUUUCCUACAUACCAUAAUGGCGGCUGUUGCUAAGAAGGAACCUAAAAUCAAGCGCGACCCCGCGAAGAACCCUAUGCGGGAUCUGCACAUCCGCAAGCUGUGCCUGAACAUUUGCGUUGGUGAAUCUGGUGAUAGGCUGACCCGUGCCGCCAAGGUGUUGGAGCAGCUGACCGGUCAACAGCCCGUGUUCUCCAAGGCCCGCUACACAGUGCGUUCGUUCGGUAUUCGUCGUAAUGAAAAGAUUGCCGUCCACUGCACGGUGCGUGGUGCUAAAGCCGAAGAGAUCUUGGAGCGUGGCUUGAAAGUGCGUGAAUAUGAAUUGAGACGCGACAACUUCUCGGCCACUGGCAACUUUGGCUUUGGCAUCCAGGAACACAUUGAUUUGGGUAUCAAGUACGAUCCCUCAAUCGGUAUCUAUGGUCUGGACUUCUACGUCGUUCUGGGCCGUCCAGGAUACAACGUGGCGCACAGGAAACGCAAGUCCGGCACCGUUGGCUUCCCUCACCGUCUGACGAAGGAGGAUGCCAUGAAAUGGUUCCAACAGAAAUACGAUGGUAUCAUCCUGAACAGCAAGAAAUAAGCUCACAUUCAACUGGGUGUUUUUAUAAGAUGAAUUCUAUAAUAAAGCCGCCGGCGCAUCGGUCAAAAUUAAUGAAAAA